UUACAUACAAACAUUUAUUAUACAUAAAUGAAAGUAGUGAUAUUACGCAUAUAUUGUUAUGUAAUUAUGUUUUCUGUUUUGACAUGUUUCAGGUCGAUCUGGAGGGCUGGGUGCGACUGUGGGAGAAUCCAAAUGGCAUCCCACCAGCUGAUCUUUCCUGGGUGAAGGAGGACACAGAGCGAGGACUCUUUGGCCCCAUUCAGGUGUACUCCAACAAAGAUGGGGUAUUGAAGAGGCGGCGAGUUCUCAAAUCAGACCGCAUGUGGUUUUACCCUCCAGACCCUCCAGGCUACAUCAGUGGUACUGUGCCAACUCCACAUCUCUUCUUUCGGGGUCGCAUCUUUGUGUGGCGGCCUGUUGGAGUUUGGAAAUACUCUUUAAAGUGUCCUCGAGGAGAAGAAUGUGUGGGUCAAGGCACAAAAGUGUACCUGAACAAAUCAGGAUACCAUACCAAGAUUCGUCACAUUUGUGACAUAUCCAACUGGUAUAGUAUAAUAACAGAGGUCCUGUCCUGCGGACCAUGUACAAAAGCAGGCAGGGGUGGCGGCGAUGGCAAGGUGGGCAGGUGGUUGGCAUGGGAUUCUGCCAUUCUUUGCCAACUCAGUGAGGCUCACCAAGCCAUGUUUCCUGCUAUUCUGACAGUGAAGCGUGGUGUGGACAAAAAUGUGGUGCAGCUUCUGAGGGACCGGACCGAAGGGAACACCAUGGUCAAAGUGUGGCGACAAAUUCAGGAGAAUCAUGUGGAGGAGUAUCUCCACAGGAAAGAUCUUUACACCACACUCCUCAUGACUCUCCUGAAGCCUGGGGGAAUCGUGUCGGCCUUAGGACACAAGUUUGAGGCUCCACCUCCUCAAAGAGAGCUUCCCUCUGCUCGCCUGCUUCGCCAUGCCUUCCUGCUGGCAGAGGCCAACAACGUCCAGGACUACAGGAAUCAGAUAAUCUCCACUUUUGGCACAGUUCUAAAGAUGGACUCCACUAAAAAGGUGGUGAAGAAACUGUCUGGAGAGGGCAAAGGCACAGCCGAGUGGUUCACCAGCAUUGCCAAUGAACAUUCGCAAAUAGUCUCCUUUGUCCUUACCUGUGAAGAGUCCACAGAGCGUCUGAAACCCAUGUGUCAGGGAGUAAUGGACCGCUUCCACCAGGCCAAUCAACCUGUGCCCAAGAUUUUGUACAUUGACCGCGGGUGUUGCCGGGCACAAGGUCCAACUGCCUUGGAGUGCUUAUUUCAGACGUGGGUGGACAGUGGUAUGGUGGUCCGUUUGGACAUCUUCCAUUGGAUCCAUCGCUUCGAUGCAGCCAUUCGCACCGACAGCCACUCGAAAUACGCAGUGUUCAAGUCUGCGCUAGCAGGAGCGGUGCUGGCCUACAACCGCGCAGACUUGGACCUGCUCAUCAAAGCUGUCAGAGCAAAGAAUCCGACAGUUUUUCAGACAGUGACCGAUGAAAACAUGGUGCGACUUUAUGUGUCCAGGGAACAGCUAAAGCACCACGUUCGCAGAGUUACACUCGGGGCUCAGGAGACAUUUCGGCUCGUCCAGUUAGCUAUAGACGAGCUCAAAGGUCCGGCUGGGCUAGACGAAAGUGGGGUCAGCCUCUUUAAAUCGUCAGAAGCAGUAGACGGUGUGUGGGAAGGCCAGCAACGACACCUCGAGUGCAUUCAGGAUCCUCCAGGGAUGAGUAUGUACAGAGUGGCUCAUAGCACCAACAUCAACGGGGUGGAUGUUCCGUAUUAUAAAUGCCUUCGUGGAAACAACAGCCUGGAGGGAUUCCACAAAUCUCUGCCUCACAUGAUACCAGGUAAAACAAAUGCGCAAAAUGUUUUCAGACAUUCUGUGCUUACUGUUAUGUGACGCUCCACGAUUGUCAAAAGCACUUUCCUACAGCCCAUCGCCCAGAAAAGAAGACCAUCACAAAGGUGUGCAAAACUAGAUACUAGUAAAGGAUUCAGUUCUGAGUAAACUAGGUAAUCAAAAAUUAACACAAAGACUGUCUGUGGUUUCAUCCAAUGUCAAAAGAGACUUCUCAACCUACAGUCAACAAAAAUGCCAUCAGGCAUCCCCACCAAUACAAAACUGGUUACAAUGUCCACAAGCCAAACUGGCACCCCUUCAGUCUCGGUCAGAGCAACAAUGUACAAAACUUGCCUAUUUGUAUGCAGUCAGCUCAUUCAAGGACCCAAAAAUACAAAAAGAUGACCUAUUACCCUGUAUGUCUACUUUAAAGGGA